AUGACAGUUUCACCUCCAAGUCACCAUCACGCUCAGCAUUCAAACUUAUCCAGUGUCGCUGUCAAACCUGCAGAUGUGGAGCUUACCAUAACAAAAGAACCCACUCCAGAGACAGAAACUUCUCCAGCCCAGCAGGAGGCCCCUGUCACAGUUCAACAUUUGGACCAGGGGCUUCCCACAGCUCCAGAACCUACAACGGAGGCUGAACAUUCCGCAGUCCUGCAGCAGACUGCAGUUCCUCCAACAUACCCCGAGGUGACAUUUCCAAAUCCAGAGCAAGUUCAGGCUCAGCAUCCAACCUUGACUGAGGUCACAGUUCAACCUUUGGACCUUCAAUUGACCAUAAGGCCAGAACCCACUAAGGAGGAUGAACCUUCUCCAACCAUGCAGGAGACCUUAACCCAGCCUCCAUAACCACCUAAGGAGGUUUUUGUAGCUCAGCCUCCAGUAUAUCAGAACCCAAUUUUUCCAACACAAGAUCAGGAUCACACUGAGCCUCCAACAUCACCCAGUGUCACAGUUCAACCUUUAGACCAGGGGCUUACCACAACUCCAGAACCUACUAUGGAGGCUGAACAUUCCACACCCCUGCAGGAGACUAUAGUCCCUCCAACAUACCCCGAGGUGACACUUCCAAAUCCAGAGCAAGUUCAGGCUCAGCAUCCAACCUUGACUGAGGUCACAGUUCAACCUUUGAACCUCUUACUUAUGUUAACUCUGGAAUCCAGUAUGGAGGUUGAACCUUCUCCAACCAUGCAGCAGACCCAAGCUCAGCCUCCAGAGCUCAUUAAGGAAGUUGUAGCUCAAUCUCCAUUGUAUCCCGAGGUGACAGUUCCAGCACCAGAUCAGGAUCAUGCUGAACAUCCAACAUCACCCAGAUCCAAUAUGGAGACUGUACAUUCUCCAGUCAUGCAGGAGACCCCACCUCAGCCUCCAGAGGCACCUCAGGAGGUUGUAGUUCAAUCUCCAUUCCAGCAGGAGGUGACAGUUCCAACCCCAAGUAAGGAUCAAGGUCAGCAUUCAACAUCAUCCAGUGUCACCGUUCAUCAUGUGGACCUAGAGCAAACCACAACUCCAGAACCCACUAUGGAGGUUGGACAUUCUACAUCCCUACGGCAGACUACAGCUCCCCCUCCAAAACACCCUGAGGUGACACUUGCACAACUACACCUGACUCAAGACACAGUUCCACCUGUGGACUUAGCAGUUAACAUAUCUCAGCAACCAAGGCCAUCUGAGACAGUACUUUUUCCUUUGACUCAGUAUUCAGUAUCCACAGGUAUUCCUGAUGUAAAAUAUACCCCAGAAAAGAAGCAGCCAGAACAGAAUGCCACCACAAACAUCAGCAUAUGUGAGCUCUGUAGCUGCAAAAAUGAGACACUGUCGUGUGUUGUUCUCAGCCCAAAGAGAAAGCUCCACAGAGUGCAUGAGCCAGAGUCUAACACCUACAAUGGCGCCUUCACCAUCAUAAUUCUCAGGGAAAAUUAUUUGACUGAAUUACAUAAGGACUCCUUUGAAGGCUUGCUAUCACUCUGAUCUUUAGAUUUAUCCUGCAAUAAAAUACAGUCUAUCGAAAGACAUACAUUUGAACCACUACCUUUUAUGCAGUUUAUAAAUCUUGGUUGCAAUUUACUCACAGAACUGAGCUUUGGAACGUUUCAGGUGCAUGGAAGGCAGUUUUUACACAAGUUAAUUCUCAAUCAUAAUCCUUUGACAAGAGUUGAAGAUUCUUACCUUUUUAAAUUGCCAGCAUUAAAAUGUUUAGACAUGGGAACAACACAAGUGUCACUUAAAACAAUUGAAAGCAUCCUCAUGAUGACCCUUGAAUUGGAAAAACUGGACUUACCUAGCCAUAUGGCCUGCUGCCUCUGCCAAUUUAAAAAUACUAUUGAGGUUGUCUCUCAGAAAGUCAAGCUGCAUUGUGACAGUGAAUGCCUGACAGACGUCACACGUUGUGAUGAAGAAACAUCUCUAGAGAAUGCAGAAGGAUCAUUGAUGAAGGUGUUACAAGCGUGGAAGAAGAACCACAGCCCCGAGAUGACUAUUGAGUCAGAGAGGGCAUCCUCAGAUAAAAGUGUUUUCAGCUUGUCAGGCUUUCCGGGUGAUCAAGUUGAAACUCAGCUAAAGCAGCUACGGUCCCUCAUCCCCAACAAUGACAUGCGAAGGCUCAUUUCUCAUGUUAUCCAGACUCUGAAAAUAGACUGCUCGGAGACCCACGUGCAGCUGGCCUGUGCCAACCUCAUCUCUAGAACAGGCCUCCUGAUGAAGCUUCUCAGCAAGCAGCAGGAAGUAAAGGUGUCCAAAGCAGAAUGAGAUACGGACCAGUGGAAAAGUGUAAACUCUAUCAGUGAGAGCACAGAAGCCCAGAGUGAGCAGAAAGAGCAGGAGUCAAGUGAGCUCACAAAAGUAGUUCUAGGAUAUGGCUAUAACAACAAGCUCAUCUUGGCAAUAUCUGUAACUGUUGCAGUGACGAUUUUGGUUACAAUUCUCUGUCUCAUUGAGUGUGCCACGGAGGCCUGUCUCCACAGAAGAGACAAAAACACUGGAAAGAUUCGAAACACUGAAAUUCAAUGA